GGGGGGGAGCGGAGGGUGUUGUUUCCCCAGGAGCACCAUCCUCCUCCUCCGGCAGCGGCAGCCUGUCUGUCUGCCCGAGCGCAGCCCCGACGCUUCUCCCCGCCGGCGGGUGCUGUGCUCCACCGGUCCCCCAACGCCGCCGGCAGCGAGAACAACCUGACCGCCCCACCUCCAGGCGGCGGCAGCGGCGGCCCCAGCCCCGUCCCGCCGAGCCCGGGCGGCGCCCGGGCCGGGGGCCGGGGCCAUGCACCCGGCGCGGCGCUGAGCACGGCAGCGGCGGCAAAGCGGAGCCCUCUCCCGGCGGGCAGCCCCCGACCUGCGUGCAAGCGGGGCCGCGCCCGCCGCCGCUGCCGCCCCCCAUGACCCUGCGCUCCGCCGGCUCCCUGGAGAGCGCGGAAAGCGCCCGGGCGCGCUGGGGGCACCCCGGGGCGGCGGCGGCGGCGGUGGCAGCCGCGCCUGUUGCCGAGGAGUCCCGUGAGGCGGCGCAGCUGGCCGUGGCCAUGGAGGAGCUGCGGCGGGCAGGGUGGUACUGGGGCAACAUGACUGUUGCUGAAGCUAAAGAGAGAUUGCAGGAUGCCCCCGAAGGGACCUUCUUGGUUAGGGACAGUUCACAUUCAGAGUAUCUACUGACUAUUUCGGUAAAAACAUCAGCGGGACCUACAAAUCUACGUAUAGAAUAUCAAGAUGGCAAGUUUAGACUGGACUCUAUCACUUGUGUCAGAUCUAGGCUUAAACAGUUCAACAGUGUUGUGCAUUUGAUUGAGUACUAUGUUCUUAUGUGCAAGGACAGAACCGAAACACCUUCAAAUGGAACAGUUCAUCUUUACUUGAACAAACCUCUCUAUACGUCUGCUCCAUCUCUGCAACACCGCUGCAGAAUAACUAUAAAUAAGUGUACAAAUCAGAUCUGGGAGCUGCCGUUACCAACAAGACUAAAAGAGUACUUGAAAGAGUACCAAUACCAGGUAUAAAUAUAUUUUCUAAAUGCCUCUAACGUAGGGUAACUUUUAAAUGCAAUUCUUAAAAUCAGCCAAAGAACUGAGUAACCAGUUGUACAACUCGGCAUGGAAUUCACUAUCAAAACAGUGGCAGUUCUGGGGGAAAGGUUUUUAUUUCAGAUGCCACAAAGGGAGACUUUAUGUAGAAUAAUCCCAGCUUGCAUCCUCAGGGGUUCGACAAGGUGGUAUGCUAUUCUUGCGAGGAGAGAGAAGCCAGGAAUUUGUCCAGGUUGUGUUGUGUUGUCAGUGCACAAAAUACUGCGCUGUCAAAUGCUAACUGAAGCAGCGGGACCGGGAGAGGCUGCAGAAGUGGUCAGAGACGUAUGAGAGUGUAUAAGUAUCUCAGUUGUCUGAUUCCAAGAUUAAUUUGGUGCUGGUGUUCGUAUAAUCCUGAAAGCUUAACUGGAUCACACUGUGAUAAUCUUGCCAAAGUUAUGCAACUAAUGAAAUCCAGUCAAAAAAGUGAUCAUCUAUUCAGUUUUUAUUGAACUGUAAUUCUUGUGCUUUUCUGCAAGCAAAGGAGUACUGUAAGUAAUCAGUUUAAAACAUUGUUUUUCAAAGUUCUCUAAAAGCUGACCUUAAGGAGAAAUGCCACAUCUUUCAUAGGAACCCAGUAUGUUGCUGAUUAUACCAGAUUGGUAUCCCAGAAUCUUUGUUAAUGUGUUAACAUCUUCCCAGUGGUGAUAUAUCCAUGUUAUUACUAUUAAGCCUCUUUUGGUUGAGGCUUUAGGACUGUACUCUGCAGACUUGCAGUUGCUCAGUUCCGAUAUCAAAACAUGGAUAUCAGCAGUUACAGCUGUCUUCUACAGUGUAGAAUGUUUUCUUCAGCUUGUUUCCCAAAAUGUGGGGAAAUACAGAUUUGGGUUUUUUUUUUUGAAGGGGGUUGGUUUUUUUUUCUCUUUUUUUUUUCCUUCUAAUUCACCAUUGUAGCUAUCAGACUAUUACUCAAUAAAGUAAAUCAAAUUGCACAACAAUCUCCCAAUCUUUGUAUGUAUGGGUUUGCUACUAUGAGGAAACGGUGAUCUUACAAACCUGUAUCAUUUCCCAGCUAAUACUCACGUAAUCGCACGUGUAUCGUGAGGAGGAAUGCCCUUGCUUUGCCUCUGUGGUGCUGCACACAGGUACAGCUGGAUUAUGUUCAGAUCAGUGGCUUAGAGGCUGCCUGCUGAGUUCCCAUAGUUAGGUAUUAGCGUAGGACAUCACUUUUCAUGUUACAGCAGUCCUCCAGGUGGGAAGAAGGGACUAAGACCCUCAGUAUCCAUUCCUCGGUCUAAAUGUAAAGUAUUUAGUGGAAGACAUUUCCACGAUGAGAGUCAUAGGAGAGCAGAAAGAGAGAAAAAAGGACUUAGAUUCAUCCUCAGUCAACAAUUUCAGAGGUUUAACUCUUCCUCUAGCUUACUAUUUAAUUAAAGCAAAUAGACCUGUAUUUGAACAAGGAGGGUUGUCAAGACUUGCUGCAAUUUAGCCCUGCCCAGGCUGAAAUAGAAACAGCGUAAAAUAAGCUUUUUUUCCUUGUGACUUGCCUGCUCUAGUACUGUCAAGGUGCUGUGUCCCUUCUCAUAACUCUGGGGCGCUGACCAGCUGCUGUGGUUGCAUCGGAGCUCCCAGUGCUGCGCACUCAGUUCUGUCAUUACCGCGCUGGCAGAAAUGAGCAGCACAGCUGUUGGGACAAGGAAGACACCAAGAGCCCGAGGCAGGGGGGCUGGUCCCUCGGUAGGGCAAAUACUUGGAAUGUUGUUCUUUCUGUAGAAAAGGUGGCUUUUCUCCCUCCUCCUCCUCCACGGCUUCAAUUCUCUCUCCCCACUUUUAAUGCAAGCUUUAGCAUAGAAAUGGGAGCAUCCUCCUGAAAAACAGAACAAAAGCUUUUGUCAUGUAAAACUUUUCCCCGUGCCGGGCCAAAAUGUAGCAGAUUGUUGGAAGCUUUUCACACCAGGCAGCGACCACCCUCCCGUUCCCAUCCCAGAAGAGCUCUUGUAUUCCAGGUAUGUGUUGUGAUCACACGGUUCUUCUGCACUUGCCACCUGUCUUGCUAGGAUCUGCUGCCCACCCUGAAGCUGAGGAGCUUCUCCUGUGAGCAGUGCCUGUGAAAACCGUACUCCUGGGAAUGCUCCUCAUUCUGAUUAAUCUGUUUUCUUACAGUUCUUGCCUAGCCCUACCUUGAGAUGAGAUAGCUGCUGUACGGGAUAACUUGUGUUGCAGUAAGGAAACACUCCAAGCUGCAGCUGCAUUAACCUUCUGCUACUGGGCAUUCUUAGUCAGGGUGAUACUUAGCUGCGACAUGCUUGGGGUCUCCGUGGUGAACAAGUUGUACGAAGGUCCUUUAAACCAGGCUAGCGCCUGGCCUGGGGAUUUAAAAUCACGCAUACCAAUGCUGGAACAAGCGGACUGAGAAGAGCUUUGGGGCGCACUGAGACAGUCACGUUGUACAUAUAAGAAAUGAUUUACAGCCCGCUGCUGGCAGCCUAGUGCAAUCAGUCACAGGCCAGGUGUGCCCCACGGCAGAGCCAAGCUCCGAGGAACAACACGGGGCAGAUGCAGGGCAGCUCGCUGGGCUUUUUGUUAGCAGUUCUCCAAAGCACAAGGGCAAACAGCAGGCUGAAGACAAGGAAUGCUAGUAAAGUCACAAGUAAAGUGAAAGGUGGUGAUUCUUGUAACUAAUCAAGAGUAGUUGCCAUGAUGCAGAAUCAAGUCACCGGACAUUGAGCAUACUGGCUCACGCUUCGUACCGUGUAUGAGUGACUGCAGGGAGUAAGUAGGGUCUGUAGCUCUGGUGUGCUCAGAGCAGUGAACAAUAUUUUGAACAGACUGGAGGGGGAACUAGUCCUCUUUGUAUGAAAGCAUAGCUCUUGUCCUCAUUAGGAUGCCAGCCCUAGGGGUGAUGCAUUGCACUAGUAAAACUAAACCACACUAUGGCUCGCUGCAAGCUCGGCUUCACUCUAACGCAGCACAGAGGAAUGACUUGUUCUGGUACAAAAAAUCCAAGAAUAGCACAUUAUUAGAUUACAGUGGUGCAAAAAUUUCUCAUAUAGACCCUGUGAAUUUUCAGGCACAAUCAUGUUGUCCAAACAUUUUUUAAGAAGUUCCAGUGCUUUUUUUUUUUUUUGCUUUAUGGAUGCUGCUGUGGCUUGUGCACAGCACUAGCUUUUAAACUGCUGGCCCUUCAGAUUCCAAAAAUGACUUCUAAUUGUUACAUGUCAUCUUGAAUUGCUAGUACAGAGCGCUCAGUGAAGCCAGUUUCACAGGUUCAAUGCCCAUGAGUCAACCAAAAAUCAUGAUAAGGACCUUAAUCCUAAGAUUGUUUUUUCAUCCCAUCUGUUGGUUUGGUUUUUCAUUUCUGAGUCUCGAGGUUACAGAUUUUCCAGCUUAUACCUGGAAUGUUAGUUGCUGAAAACCUCUUCGUUGUAAUUAAAGGAAUGCUGAGAAUGCCAAUCCUAAGAGGCGACCCUUGGGAAAAAAAAAUUAAAAAAAGAAUUGCAAGAUGAAUGGUGAAAAUGGAAUUGGUAACUGUAUUUAGUUUAGCACUAAACCUAGCAGAAGUCUGAACGAUGGCUCCAUUUUAGUUGUAUGGGUAUUCUCCUGCUCUUAGUAUCAUCACCCAGAGACAGAAAACGGUUCAAGUACAAGAUGGGUGGGUGGAGUGGGAAUGUAACAAGCAGCCGUGCCCAUUGCAUUAGAAGUAACUUUGUUUUAAUCUGACCUCGUCAGUGUUGUCCUGAUUAUAUUUCAUGUAACCACAUUCUAGAUAAACAAUAUUUAAUUAUUAGCAAGAAGGAAAAAUUGUUCACUAGAAUAUGGAGGGAGAGGGGUUUAUUUUUAUACCUUAAAACAACCUGGAACUUAAUCCUCACUAAAAACUGUGGAGCUUUAGAAUCUGAGACUCUUACUGUCAUUACUUUAAGAAAACAGAAUUUACAUAUGAGAGGAAGGACAGGGUUCUGUAGUUGCAUGAAUUCCUGUAUCUUAGCCACCUCUGGUGUCGUACCAAAGUGUUCCCGUAGGUAAAUUACCUUGUGAAAGAAAGUAGAAAAGCUUUAUUUGCUUAUACGUUCUAUUCAAGAGCUUUUUCUUGUAUUCCUGAUAAAAAUCCUGUGGAUUUUUCUUUUGGCUAUACGCUUAGCAUCUAGCAGAGAGUAAGGUCAGUGGUGUCAGGGCUUUGUUCUUCUUAAGCCAAAACACAUGAUGGAAAUGGGAAGACACACCUUUAGACUUGGGUGUCAUGUCUAACAGUCAUUUAAAAUAAAGUAAAAUAAAACUUCUUCUGACUUCGUGGUCGUUAAAAUAAGUCUAAGUAUCAUCUUGACUUCCACAGGAUGUAGUGGUUUGAGGGACAGUUGUAUUACUGAUUCUCAAUAAUUAUAAGAAUCUUUUCUGUCACAAGGAGAAAUUAUAUUAAAAAAAAACUUUAGAAGUAAACUAAACUUUUAGUAUAUAAACCAUAAAAUUUCUAAAUGCAAUAAAAUUACUUGAAAAAAAUUACUUGAAAGGUCUGAGCUGGCUCGUGCUGUACACACAAAGGAAGUGGGGAUGACAAGCUGCUUUGGUAUCUCAGCCUAGCUCCUGAAAACCACUUCUUUAUUAGUGUUAACUUCAGCAGGUCUCAGUAUUUUGCUAAGCCCUUCGCACGACUGAAAAUGCCUGGAAACAACAUUCCACUGACACAUAACUUCAGAUCACCGAGGUCUGAGCUCGCUUUACAGCAACAUGGCGGUCUGCCACAGUAUUGCUGAAAUUGGGUAAUUCCUACAACGGGCUGAAGAUCAGUCAAAGAAAGUGGGAAGCAGCGUUGCCGCUGCCGGGGGCUGUGAAGGGCAUCGGUGCGGACGUCGCUGGUCGUUACCCGCUGCCUUAGACAGCGGGCAUGCUGCACGCCCAGUGAAGUACAGCGGCCAGGAAACCAGAUGAGAAGCUAUUCUGCUCGCUGAGGAGCGAGUUACCUGCCUGGCUUUUGGUGUCUGAGGAGGGACCGAAGGGAAAGACCAAGGAAAAGCCAGCAGCUCCCACGAGAGGUGGCACUUCUCAUGAGGUGGAUCGAACAGCUAACCACCAGGAUUAGUACUAUGCUGAAAGGUGUCUUAGUAGGGCUUAAAGGUCCAGGGCAGUAACUAGCAUCAGCACAGUUUGAAACCAUGUGUAAACACAAUCUGGCUAGAUAGCUGAGCUUCAGGAAAAAAAUUAGGCUUAUAACAAAAUCGGUCUGUCCUGGUCCUGGGGUUGGCAAGGGUGGGGAGGGAUUAACAGUGUUUAUUAAGUGUUUAUUAACCAGGUUAUCUACAGUGCUGAGAAAGUCUAGGGAAAUGUAGAAACAUCACGAUAAUUACGGUGUUUAAUCUCCCUGAUAAAUUGUGGAUUUUAUUCUACUUAAAUCCUAUUUAAAAAAGGGAUUGCACCUGUGUUUUGUUUUGUGUUUUGUUUUUUUUUUUUCCUUCCAGAGUUGCGACCAUUAACUCUGCAGGAACAGAAAUACCAAAAUAAUAUCAUUACUUUCUAUGAUAUUAAGGAGUAAAAUAAUGCAGGAGUAAAAGCUAUUUACAUAAGGAACAAGCUGACAUUUAAUAGGAAGGAGUUCAAACAGAUAAUACCCAGGGAAGGUUCAGUGCUGGGUGCUGCAAAGAACAGAAUAAAUUUUUAAAAAUCCCCAAAUUCAAUGUGCCUGCCUUAUUUUUUCUUUCAGUGGCAGGCAGGGUUUGUAAAAGUAAAUCCUGUUGUUUUCAGUCAAAUCGUUCCGUAACUGAUGUCUCAUAGCUGAGGAUUGCAGUUUGGUGCACUGUUGGCUAACAACAAGUAAAUGCAGAGGUACCUUAAAUGUGAGAAAAGAUUCAAAGCCCGGCACAAAUUCUCCUUUUGACUUCACUGAGGUUAUUCGCAUCAGGCUUGAUAACAAGAACUAUAUAAGGAACAGCUGUAAGACUGGUAUCUGAAGGCUGUAAAAUCACUUUUCAAAACGCUUUGUUAAAGUUUAGUUGCAUCUCUUUGGGUUGCAGCCCUGAAAUAGGUUCAGCUGAAUCUCUGCACCCACACUCAGCUUGUGGCAGGGGGGAAUCUCCGAAUUUGCAGGCUUGCUCUGGACACCUGUAUUACACACGUCAUGCAUUUGCUUUUUUCUUACCUGGCGCGGUCUGGAGGGCAGAAUAAGUUGUGGAUCAACUGUUAUUGUUUAUGGGAUUUUUAGCCAGUUCAUUUUCUUUUAGGGAGAGCAAUAUUAAACAAGACUGAGCCCGUAUUAUCUGCAAGUUACCUAUCUGUAAAGUGGCCAGUGGGCUUGACAUUUUGUAAUUUAUCAGCAUGGGGUGAAAAGUCGUUUAUAUUUCAAUUACCAUUGGUAGGAGCUUAAGCUGCAGUGAUGGUAAUAUCUUUGAAUGACUGCUUUGCUAGGAAGAGAGAAGAAAGUAAGUUAGGGAAGUGAGAUUCUUGUUUAGAUUGCAGUGGCAGUGGCAUCACAGCUCCUUCGCGAGCUGAAACGCUUCAGGCGCGUGUUGCCUGCGAGGGAAACUGCCUGCAAGAAGAUAACUGUUUGCUGGAAAUUCAUCCGUUUCUUUUAACUCCCCUGGCGGAGGAUGCAGUGCCUACUGCAGGCUGCUUACCCAGCCCACUGCACCCAUGCCUGCAGCCAGGGUUCAUUUUCAAAGGGAACAAAACAGAGUUAAGUGAAUUUUUAAUUGAAGGCUAUUUUUUGCUUGAAAACAGGAUGUGUGGAAGUAUAAGCAGUGGCAAAGCUCUUGCUAGGCUACCUGUAAAAACUUUCAAUGAAUCAUUACUAGCUCCUGAAAAGGUUAACCAGAAAGUAAGAACCUUUAAGAAUAUAGGUGCUGUGUAUGAGUUUGUCCAGUUGAAAGCCUGGGAAAGGAACAGAAGCUUAUGAAAAGCAGUAGUUAUUAUCCUCCUAAAUAAAAGCAACCUUCCAGUCUUUUAUCUAAAAUGCUCGACAACCAUUUCAUAUGCUGUAAUUUGCAAACAAAAGAAGCUGGUUUUCUGAAAAGGUUUCAGACUUGGAUCUUAAAUUCCGUUUACUUACUUGACAAUGUUUGAUUUUCAGGCUAAUUUAGGAGUUUUCUUUGUUUGUUCUCAUGUUAUUAAAAUGGUUGCUUUACAUUUAAAAACUAGUUUCAUGAGUCUGGAAUAAAUAUUUCGAGCUUUGCAGUAUUUCAUCUGUCUCCUCAAAGCAUCUUUAAAUUAAACUUCAAAAACAGGGAACUACAUUAAUUCAUAUAUUUAAGAAAAUGGACUAAAAAUUCUGAGAAAUACUGAGUCACAUUUUGCAAAUAUUAAUUGCAGGGGUUUUAUUAUAAUUCAUUGCAGAGAUUUUUUUUUUUUUUCUGGAAUGAAUACAGAAGUUUCACAUUUGAUGCUUGCUUCUUUUCUUGUAAGUGUUCUGUAUUCAACUUCUGGCUAGAGAUUAUUUGUACCAAAGUAAACAGCGUUAAUUCAUCGCAGUACUGCUAAUAAACAUUUUUAUUAUUGAAACAAAUGUAAAUGUGUAGACACUACAUCAUAACCUCAAACCCCAUGUAUUAAGAAGUUCUGAAACUUUCUGUGCUGUAUUUUAUCUACGUGCUGGACAUGACUUUGAAUAAAAAUAAUACUUUUAAGGAAGUUUA